CUGCUGUUCAUCCUGGCUAUCGUCUCAGUCUACCUUCCCCCAUUGCUGACCAUGAGUUCAUAGAUCCUGAGGGUGGCAUGUAUGAGGGUAGGCCCAUAUGAGGGUGGCUUUUAUAACCACGACCUGCAUGAGCACAACCAGUGUGGCUUUGGUGGCUGCACUGGUGGAUUCCGCUUUACUGCUAGCAAUCUGUUCCCCAGCUCACAGUCCAUUGGCCCAGGCUUCAAGCACACCUCUGGGCUCCCUGAUCUGAGCUUCAUCACUGGCGGCAAUACAAUGCCUUGUGGUAUGUUUCCUGGCUAGGCAUGUGGUCUAGCUGUCCAGCCUUUGCCUUUGCCUCAGCUAAUACCUCAGUCCCUGUCCCUGUCCCAGUCCCAGUCCCUGUCCCAGUCCCAGUCCCUGUCCCAGUCCCAGUCCCUGUCCCUGUCCCAGUCCCUGUCCCAGUCCCUGUCCCUGUCCCAGUCCCAGUCCCAGCCCCAGUCCCUGUCCCUGUCCCAGUCCCUGUCCCAGUCCCUGUCCCUGUCCCUGUCCCAGUCCCUGUCCCUGUCCCAGUCCCAGUCCCAGUCCCAGUCCCUGUCCCAGUCCCAGUCCCAGUCCCUGUCCCAGUCCCUGUCCCAGUCCCAGUCCCAGUCCCUGUCCCAGUCCCUGUCCCAGUCCCUGUCCCUGUCCCUGUCCCUGUCCCAGUCCCUGUCCCUGUCCCAGUCCCAGUCCCAGUCCCUGUCCCUGUCCCAGUCCCUGUCCCAGUCCCUGUCCCAGUCCCUGUCCCAGUCCCUGUCCCUGUCCCAGUCCCAGUCCCUGUCCCAGUCCCAGUCCCUGUCCCAGUCCCAGUCCCAGUCCCUGUCCCUGUCCCUGUCCCAGUCCCAGUCCCAGUCCCUGUCCCUGUCCCUGUCCCUGUCCCUGUCCCAGUCCCUGUCCCAGUCCCAGUCCCAGUCCCAGUCCAUCAAGCUUCAGCCUGUCAAGCUUCAGCCCAAAUAUCUCAGCCCAAAUAUCUCAGCCCAAAUAUCUCAGCCCAAAUAUCUCAGACCAAAUAUCUCAGCCCAAUCCUCAGACCAAAUAUCUCAGCCCAAUCCUCAGCCCAAUCCUCAGCCCAAAUAUCUCAGCCCAAAUAUCUCAGACCAAAUAUCUCAGCCCAAUCCUCAGCCCAAAUAUCUCAGCCCAAAUAUCUCAGCCCAAAUAUCUCAGCCCAAUCCUCAGACCAAAUAUCUCAGCCCAAUCCUCAGACCAAAUAUCUCAGCCCAAUCCUCAGCCCAAAUAUCUCAGCCCAAAUAUCUCAGACCAAAU